CGGUGAUUUAUUUCGUCGCACGGUUAUACGCAACGUCCAUUUGGCUUAGAAAAUUAAAAACGACGCGUUCUAACUUAUUAUACGCAAAGCUCCGCCCUUGAGCCUCAGGCUUCAGGGAUAACAGUACCUAUACCUACACAAUCCUCAAGAUCACCGAUUUAUUUUUCCCUGUCCCAGUCAUCCUUGUUAUUAGUGGUCCCUAUCCCCUCAUUGGACACGUGUCACGUGGCGAGAGAAGUGAUUAUACGUUGGUCAGUUGCGCGCUGAUAGCUGGACCAAGAUCGUCAGAGCAUCAAAAAACGUCGAGGCUUCAACACUGUCCGUGCGAAUAGAAAUUCUCUCAAUCACUUCGGUCAAUUACGAAAAAUCUCCCGUCAAAUUACGCGGCGUUUACUUAUUAUUUAUUUAUUUAUUUUCAUUCUUUUUUUUCCUUUUUUUCCCUUCUCGCAAUCAAACCGUUUUUUAUGUCUUCUCGUUACCGGCUCGCAAUAAAUCCACGCACACGCGAGUGCAAAAGUCGGAAAGUUAAUUGCGAUUAACACGUGAAUACAAGCUUGUGAAACAAUUAAUUACGCCCAACGAAUGCGUGUAAUUACAAGCACGACAAACCGCACGGUUAUGGAUCACGAUCCUCUUCCACGUUAAUAAUUCCUAACGAAUAUUAUCCCCCCCCCCCCCCCUCUCUUGACUCACUUACACCACGUCCUCGUUCUCGCCCUAUGAAUAAAAUUAUAAAUCCCCGAGCUUUUUUGUCGGGCAGAAUGGCUCGCGGUGCGAUCCUCGCCCUCAUCCUCGUCGGCCUAGCUAAGACGAAACGCGUCUUAGCUCAGCAGGAAUAUUCGGCAACGUCUUCGCUCGUGGAUGAAGAUUACACGGACAACGCUAUAGACCUCGUGCCAACCACGACCUCAUCCCUCGAGGAUUUUUUACUCACGAUCUCGAACCCCUUUCGGAUUUUCAACCGCCCCGAGGACCAACUUGAUCGCAAUACCGAACGUUUCUUCCUCGGUUUGCCGCCGGGAAUACGUGAGGUAUUUUUUGCCGGUCGUUCCAUCACUCAGAACGGAUUUGGCCAAGUCAUGAAUCAAUACCGGAAACGCAUUCAGGCCAUUUUUCCUGGAACCCGUUGGUGCGGCAGCGGAGACGUGGCUCGCAGCCCAAACGACAUCGGGAUCUUCAGCCUGACCGACACCUGCUGCAGAACACACGAUGCUUGUCCGGAAUACGUACUCGCCGGAAGUAGCAGCAGGGGUUUGAAAAACAACGGGAUAUUUGCCAGAUCCCACUGUUCGUGCGACGAAGAAUUUUACCAGUGUUUGAAAAACACGCACACACUGAUAGCGAAGAAAAUCGGUAUCACUUACUUCGACGUCCUUCAGCCACAGUGUUUCAAACUUGAAUAUCCGAUCAAGCGGUGCUUGCGAUUCACGAGUUUUCCGGGGACAAAAAGAUGCGUUUUGUACGAAUUCGACACUUCUGGCAACAAGACGUGGCAGUGGUUUGACAACGCCCAUUUUCUCGGACACUUUUAAUUGAAGAAUUAAUUACGGUGUCUCUUGUAGCGUUCAAAUUUUUAAUAAUUUUGUUACGUACGCUGGAUGCGCGAUUUUAUUUAUUGCUUCUUUAAUCACGUUAGCUGAUUUAUUAGCUGCGUAAAGAUCACACAUUUGUGCUAAAAACUUUAUACAUUAUAAGCUACUCUAUUAUUUUCACUAAUUUAUUUCUACUAGCCGCUAGUCUUUCAUUCGAAAAAAUACUCAUUCAUUCUAACUUGUCGAUUAUCGCACGCAACCACAAGUAACUAAGUAAACUGUAAUGUGAAAGACUGAAGAUGUUUGAAGAACGGGCUUUUUUUUUCAUUUUACGGAAUAAUCCGUUAUUGGAUAUUAAAAACAAACACGUGUACUUCGUAUAUGUAUACCUAUAACCACGAAAACGCGGAACUGUUUUAUCUUGUCUCCGUUUUUUUUCUUUUCUUUACAUAUUAUAAAUAAUUUAUUACACUGAAAUUGUGUGACAAUACUAUAAUAUAGAUAGAUAUACAAUAAAAUUCAGAGAAUGUGUAAGUAUGGUUGAUUUUUUUAAACUUGAACAAGCGCGCAACUUUACGCGAUAUCUUUUCAGUCACUUCUGAUUUUCAUCUAUUUAUUUAUUUAUUUAUUUAUUUUCUUUGUUUCCUUUUUAUAUAUUUUUUCACAUCACGGCGGAGUGUCUAUCCGACGUUCAAUGUACGGUCUGUGAAGGAAAAGAACGCGAUGAACAAAAAAUAUUAAUGGAGAGAA